AUGACAGCCAGGAGUUCCACAGUGAGGAAUGGAGUGAUUUUUAGCGAUAAUUCUGAGUAUACGCUGCAGGACUACAGCCAGCAGCCGCGUUUGUCCUCUGGUAACCACAACCAAGUCCAGGAGCUCGGUUUGCUCAGUUUAUUUGCAUUCAAAGCAAAGGAAUUGAAUGAGUCAUACGUACAAUUCUUCAACGAGCGGAUAGCACUAGAGACUCAAUAUAUACAAGGCCUUAACCGUUUACACGACUCAGCUAGCAGGAUUGACAACGAUUUAGAUACUAAAUAUGCCAUGACAUCUCUUCGUCACGUAUGGUCAGAGGUUAGAGAUGGUUUGGACCGUGAACGCCAAGUCCGAGACAACUUCAGGCAGGCCUUGGAGGAUGACGUAGUUGAUCCAUUGACCGUUUUCAAGGACACCCACGAACGUACACGUCGUCGCGUUAAAGAAGAUAUCAGAUCUAGCUCUGCCGAUUACAACGAGUACAGAGAAAGAGUUAUGAAGUACAAGAAGUCGUACGAGAAGAAGUAUAUAGAACUUGAAGCCCAUCAACGUCAGAGCGCUGCUGUCGACGCUCAAGCCAGAUUGUUACAGAAUAUCAUACAACCCAUUCAGAGCAAUACCUCAACCGCUUCUGAGGAACCUUCAUCGCGACCUAUGUCGCCAGAAUCUGCAAACGCAAAUUCUGCCGGUAAAGACAUGAUAAACGCUUUCAAAACUAAAGAUUGGGCUAAUGGUAAACGUCAUCUUAAUAGCUUUUUCAAGAAUAUGGGUGCUGGUGCUAGUAACGACUCUGAUCGUGAUAGCAAACUCGUUGAAGACCCUACAUCCAUUCAAUCUGGUUCAAAACCUAGUGCACUCAAGAUAGCCAAAGCUAAGAGGGAGGCUGAGGAAGCUGACAACACAUACCGACAAGCAGUAUUUCAUUUAGAAAGUCUCAGACUGCAGCGUGAGCGCCUUCAAGGAGCUGCUUUCGUUAGUUUGUCCGAGUUCAUUGAAGCAUUGUCAGAACAAAUGCGUGAGCGUCUCACUUGCUACACUGAGCAUAAUAUAGAUUUAGUCAAGAAGCAUGACGGUUUAUCUCAAACUGUACGCGAUACAGUCGAAAGAAUCGAUCCAGAGAAGGAUCUAGCUCAAUUCAAGGGUACUCUACCUGCUGAUCCCGCUUCACUUGGUAUACCCCCUCGUUAUCUCUAUGUUGAUCACGCUGGUGAAUCGUUUGAAUUAGUUUUUGGCGUUAAGUUGUCUGAUUUAGCUAUGACUUGCGGUACUGGUGACGUACCACCGCGUGUUGUAUCGCAAGCCAUUGCAGCAUUGAACAGGAGCCCUAUCAGAACCGAAGGUAUUUACAGAAUCAGUCCGCGCCAAGCAGCUGUCACUGAUAUGGUCAGGAGAAUUGAGAAAGACUAUGGCAACUUUGAGAUAACGAGUUCAGAUGAACCACAUACAAUUGCAGGAGUGUUAAAGUUAUACCUACGUCAGCUACCCGAGCCUUUGUUCAGAUGUUCUUUAGCUGAACGUGUACAACACACAGAAACGCGCCAAAAGCAAUUCGCUGAAGCUUUUCCAUUGCUCAAGUCUAAAAUGAGAAAAUUGUCGCCACUAGCAUCACAAACUCUGAAAAUGGUCGUCGAACACCUUGCUUUGGUUGCACUUUAUGAGCCAUACAAUAAGAUGAAUGUGUCAAGCUUGGCGAUAGUCUUCCAGCCUGUGAUUAUGGGUGAUAUCAAUAUUGAGGAGCUUCAAGGUAUGAGUGCAGAAGAUGCGCUCAAAAUGCAGCAUGCUGCAUCGAAGGACAAGACAAUGGAAGAUCUUAUACUCUACUACAAGACUAUAUUUGAUAAUGAGCCAUUGACAUGGGCACCGCUACCACAGAAAAGUGAGAGAAUAGAUUUGAAGCGCUCAAACACGCUGGCGUCUAAUGUUGGUGAGACGUCGAGAACCAAGUAUGCAAUAGCUUCACCUUUACAGCGCAGUGAAGCAUCACAAACUCAUGAUAUGUCAUCUAUGAGAGCCUCGACGCAAGGUCUAUCGUUAAGUGACUUUGCACCUAGAACUACUUCAGGUGGGUUUAGAGAGCAAUUUCAAGUACUAGGCAGAAGAGCCUCUCAAAUGAGAUCAUCUCCAACGACUAGAACUUCAUCUAGACGUAAAUCACAGUCAAGUGAUAAUGAGCAAGGCGCUGAAACUAGUCAGUCGCCUCAGCUUGGAACACCUGACAGUGGUUAUGGUAGUUUGAACAGGAAGAGUAGUUCACGCUACCAUAAAACUGAAUCGAUAUUACCUUAUACUAAGGAUAGUUCUUCAACUUCGCAUAGAAAAUUUUCAUUCAGGAGGAACAGAAAUAGCAGUAGCCAAUCAUCUAAGUCACACUCAAAGGAGCAGUCUCAGAGGAGUACGCCACAAGGAGCAGAACAUGAAAGCGAACAACGUGAACCGACAAAUGAAGAUCAAUUGGACUCCAACUCGAUCAUUGAAGCAUACGAGGACGAGAUAAAGAGCUGGACUGCUUAUCAAGAAUGGGAGAGUCUGGAUACGCUAGCGUCGCUCUAUGGCGAUCAGGUCGUUUCUGUGGCGCUGUGUGAAGUGAGAGAUUUCAGCGACCAGCAGCGAGAAGAAAUGACAGUUGGCAAUGCAAUCACCAGAAUGAAGCAGGGGGAGCGUCUGUAUAUUAAAGACUGGCAUUUAGGAUUGAGGAGUGGGGAUUCCUUCUACUCUACACCGUCAUAUUUACGCGACGACUGGAUGAACGACUACUAUCUAGCACAUACAAACGACGAUUUCAGAUUCGUCUAUGCUGGAUCAGCAUCUACUUUUACAGGCUUACACCGUGAUGUAUAUAGGAGCUACUCUUGGUCAGCUAAUAUCAUUGGCAGGAAGCUGUGGAGGCUUUUUCCACCACAUACUGAAACUUUUUUGCGGCGAUUUCCACAUAUUACGACAUCGGAGAUAGUGUACGAUGUACGCGAUGUGGAUAGGAGUGUGUUUAAACAGUUUUAUGAGGCAGAAAAGUACGCGACAGAGGUGGUUCAAGAGCCUGGACAAAUAAUUUUCAUACCGAGUGGCUGGUAUCACCAGGUAGAGAAUUUGGACGACUGUAUAUCGAUCAACCACAACUGGAGCAAUAGCAAUUGCUUACUGGAUAUGUAUGCGUCGAUGAAGGCUGAGUAUGCCGCAGUUGAAACUUCUGUGGAGGACAUAAAAGACUUGACAAAGGAUUCUAGUGAAUGGUAUGACGUAGUUAAUGACCUAUUUGCUAAGAGUAGCGGCUGGAAUUGGCUUACGCUGUUCGAUAUGAUUCUUUGUGCCAAGUCGCGCGCGGAUGAGCCACUGCGUCCUGAUGCCGAGCUAGUCGAUAAGAAAAUUAAGACUGUUGCGAUGGAUUUCAAGCUGAAUUACAAGGAAAUGAUACAAUCGAACAUAAGGCUUUGUAAAUUGAUAGAUGGGAUUGUUUGA